ACAGGACGAGGCUCUGCACAAGGUCCAAUUCAUUGGCUCUAUUCCAGGAGGGAGUGCUUUUGCACGUUAGUCCUUUGCAUUCUUGUGUCCUGUCAAAUUCCCUGAUAAACCGUAAAAAUGAACAUUAACGGAUCCCCAAUACUUCCCACACUCAUGGAAAUUUGUCUCCCGCACAAGCGCUUCCAGGGGUCGGGCGCAGUGACGAAACAGGAAAAAUCUUGGCUCCAUUAACAGUUCAUUAUACAGAGAAAAAAAAAGUUGCGUCCUGAUUACAAUUUGGGAUUACUUGUCGGGAUCGUUUGCAGAUGCAACAUUAAAGCCGUGCAAAAAGGGACACAGACCCUCGUCUAGGAUUUUCACGGACUGAGUGACCCUUUUUUCCCCAGGAACUUGGGAAUUUUUCACAGGACGAAACUGCCGGGUUGUUUUGCAGAUGAAAGAAGAAAACCAGUGAAUAACAUGGAGAAUACUGACUAUGAUAUGAAUUUGAAUUCAUAUGAAUACACAUAUUCUUAUGAAGAUUCUACAUACUCCACUCCCCCACUAACAACAGAAGGGUCCAAAUUAAAAUAUCUGCAAAUUGUGGUAUAUUGCAUAAUUGUCAUAUUUGGCACAUUUCUCAAUGGCUUUAUUAUCUUUCGUGUCUGUUUUCUGCACAACACAGCAAUCAGCAUUUUCUUCUCAAAUCUGGCUACCAUUCAUCUACUGUCCAGUCUUUUUCUUUCCUUAAAUGUUAUUUCAUCCUGGCAGAAUCAUCACUGGUCUUUUGGUCUUAUUUUGUGCAAGGCAAACUCCUUCCUGCAUUUUCUCAACAUGUUUUUCACUGCUUCCAUUAUUACGGUGGUGGCAGGUUACCGCUUUGUGAAACUGAUGGCCCCUUGUUUUGCUCAGAGGUGCCACUCUGUGGGAACAAUUUCUUGCUCCCUUGUGGUAAUAUGGAUGGGCUCGACCAUGUUAAGUACUCCUUCCCUUGUCAUUCGCGAUACCACCAUUCAUGAAGACAAUGAAAUUGUGUGCAAGGAUAACUAUGCACUUAUAGCUUUGGUCCCAAAAGUACAUGAAACCAUCCUGUUGAGCCGUUUCUUUUGUGGGCUGGCUAUUCCUUUCUUAGUGACUGCCUGCUGCUCUGGGAUCAUUUUGUGCCGCAGUGGAAGCAGCAAAAUGAAAUCCUUGCAAGGUUACAUCAUUAUCCGCUGGGUCAUAAUUGCUUAUUUUUUGUGCUGGGUGCCCUAUCAAGUUGUCUUUAUUCUAACCUAUAAAACAAGGAAAGAAAACAAAACCCUAACCACUACUUGGAUGCCCAUAGUCACAGUGCUUUCAAUGGCAAAUAAUGUCCUCACUCCUGCUAUCUGCAUUUUUAUGGGUGACAAGAAACAAAAGUGGAUGGAAACUGCGUUUAAUGAGAAAGAGGAAGUUGGGAGCCAAAAGGUUUCCGAAGAUCAGGAACUUUAAAAGAUGGUUCACAACUGCAGAUCUGAGCCUUGCAAACCUCAUAAAUGACUGUGAUACAAAGAUUGUCAAAAUACUUUCAUGUCAUUUUUAUAGGAAGAAAAUGGCUGUUCUUUUACCAUGAGAAGCUGUUUACUUCUGCUUUGAAAGGAAAUAUAUUGCGAUAACCUGAAUUCCUAGCUUUAAAAUUCAGUCAAAUUACAUACAGUAUUUGUCAUCAACCCAAGGAUCUGCUCUUGUACUUCCAUUUUAAUGCUUGGCGUGGUUAUGUGUCCCAGUUGGUGAAAUUACAAAUGUUUAAUUCAGAGCCUGCUGAAUAUUGCUGGGACGUUUUUACAACCAAAAGUAGUAAAUCCAUUGACGUCUGUGUGCAGUUCACCUAUAUGUCUAUCAACACUAAGUAUCACUGUGUAGUGGUUACCUGCAUGUCCAUAGACUACAUUCUCCAAAUGAGGGAAGAAUCAACACAUGUGCAGCUUUCACCUCAGAUCAGGUAAUUGGUCAGAGUGCUCAUAUAGAGUUUGUAAAUAAACACUCACUAUAUUGUGUAGUGCUGUCUGUCCAUAGCCUGCCUUUUUCCAAAUGAAGGGUGAUGUAGUAUCAAAGCAGACAUGGGAUCAUCCAAAAACCAGGCAGAGGUAGUAUUAUGAUAGCAGACAUGGGGUUAGGGUUAGCAUGUAGUAUGAUAGCAGACAUGUUUUUUAAAAUGUUCACAAAUCUGUUGUGAAAACAGGCAUAGUAUCGCCAAUGCCAGCUUAAGGUCAUGGCCAAAGUAGCACUGGCACAGAAAUGUUGAAUAUGAGCAGCAGAAUCAUGCUCUUUACGACAAAGAAGUCUUAAGAAGCAAAAUAGUUCAUUUCACCCUCCCAUUGAGUUCAUAGAGGUGGAAGCUGCAACCAUGCGCCCAUGUGUGGUCAAAAUGCUAAAACAGAUAUGUUACCCUUCUAGAGGACGAAACAGAGUCUGGGUAGGGUUUUCCUGGACCUCUCCUAAAGAAAAACUGCCAAUAUUAGAUUUGUAAGUCUAAUAUACAUACUGUAGUUGCGGACAAUUAUCCGAUCAAUUCUAAAUAAAACCUUAAACAGGCUCUUUUUCAUUGCAGUUUUAAUUAUCAAGGACUAAUUUUUAGGCCUCACAUCACUUUCCAUAUGCUUCCAUUAAUCAUUGCAAAGGCAUUGCUGCCAUUUUGUUAGAGGAACACAUUAAAUUAAUCCAGUGACUUGCUCAGUAACAUCAGCAUAUUAACAUCGUUAUUGUCCCUUCAUGUUCCUUCCUUCACUAAAACAGACACCUUGAAUUUUAACUGUCUAAAUGUAUACUUACUCACUCUCUCAUUCGCUCGCUCAGUGACUUAAUUUUCUCAUUUGUUCUUAUUAAUAUUUCAUUACUAACACACGGCUGAUUCAGAGUUAACAUAAAACAAUUUGGGGCAUCUUAACACAAUGCCCAAAAAGGUGUGUGUUUCAAUUAUGUCUAUGAAAUGUUAUUUCAUUGAAGUCACGAGUCUAACUGCAAAGUUAUUAACAAUUGUGUACAAAAUGUAGCUCUCUAACACAGCAAUAACAUAUAUUUUUAAAGAAUAUUACAUAGUUAUACUGUGUCAAGGUGUUUAAUAAUAAACAGGUUUAAAAAUAAAGAGAUAGAUGGAAAUUAAAACAUAAAACAGCUUAAUUAUGAUGUAUGACAAUAUAUUGCCAAUGAAUUACCAAUAAUUAAUUAAUUAACAAGUUGAUUAUUUUCCAAGUAUGCUUAUUGCAAUGCAGGGACAUAGCUGCGAUCUGAGCAGCAAUAAGCACAAUGCAGGAAUGAAGCACCUUCUGAUCACAGGGUAAAUACACACACACACACAAACACUCACUCUUACUUUGCCAGUUUAGCAAUGACAAUAAACCUGAUAUGCACAUCAAUGGAAUAUCAGAAAGAAAUCAACAUGGAUACAGGAAGAAUGGAAAAACUGAAAAUGGACAGUGACUUUGAAACUUUAAGGCAGCAGUGCUAAUCACUAUGGCACCAUACUGCCCAUUUACACUAACAUAAACAAAAAGAAAAUCAAUACAAAAGUGAUAGUGUAUUUUUGUCUAUUUUUUUGUAUUAUAAAAACAUUAUGGAACAUGUAUUAUCUUUGUAAUAAACCUUUUUAUGUCAGCA